CAUUCCUGUUUGUUGUUGUUGUUCAUUUUAAUUUCUAUUUAAUGAGUGGGAGACUAGUUGCAAAAGAUGACAGACUUGUUUAUUUAAUAGUUGUCUGGAAGAACAUACUUGGGUAGAUUUGGUUCGCUUUUCAUCCCUACAUGAGAAGCUACAAUUUCCAAAAUUUCCCUCAGCUGUACAACUAUUAAAAGUAGUCCAGGAGCUCUGUAUUUCCCCUGCACAUGGUCACCCCCAAAAAUAGGCUUAAUGUUGCAGUGGAAAUCAUAGAAGAUAACACAAUCCUCUGAAAUGAAUAAAGUGUGUUCUUGGUCCACUUCAGUCCAUAGCAUUGUUGUAAGUCACACUCCUUGGAAAUUCUGUAUGCCUGCCUGAGGAUUGUCCUCCUAUUGGUUGGAACAACCAACAUUGAGAGAGGUGAUAAUGUAGAUCAGAAAUGCAGCCUGUUCUAAGUUCUGGAAAGGGCCUGUAUCUGUCCACACCCUUCUGCUUUUGCCACACUCGGCUUGACAGACUAGAGUUCAGCUCAAUUGCUGACUCACAGGAGUAGCCUGGAACAUUUAAGGGGCUGGACAAAGUUGCCUUUCCCUGCUAUAAAGGCUGCAGCCUCUGCCAACUGCUGCAACAGGGCCUAACAGAGGACACCAGGGUAGCUAGUCAUGCUGCCGAAAACUGAUCACAGCAGUCCUAGUGCUGCAAAUAAGGGCCUUGUCCUAGGUGUCUUUGCCAAUGAGCAGGAAGAAGGAGCACCUCAGUUUACUCAUGCAGGAGAUGCCUUUGAUAAACUCGUAGCUGGGAAGCUCAGGGAACUGCUGGCAAUUUCAGGGCCUCCACUGAAGAAAGGAAAGACGCGUGUCUUUCAUGGCUUGCAUCAGGACUUUUCAAGCGUCGUAGUUGUUGGCCUGGGCAAGAAGGCAGCAGGAGUGAACCAACUAGAAAACUGGGAUGAAGACAAAGAAAACAUAAGAGCAGCAGUUGCAGUUGGAUGCCAGCAGGUUCAGGAGCUGGAGAUCCCUUUUGUAGAAGUUGACCCUUGUGGAGAUGCUCAGGCUGCAGCAGAAGGAGCCAUCCUCGGACUCUUCGAAUAUUCUGAGUUUAAGCAAAAAAAGAAACCAGUGGUUGAAGUCCAGCUGCAUGGGAGCGAUGGAGCCGAUGCCUGGAAGAAAGGCCUUAUCUAUGCAAAGGGCCAGAACUUGGCUCGCUACCUUAUGGAGGGUCCAGCCAACCAUAUUACACCUACCAGAUUUGCUGCUAUUAUUGAAGAGAACCUCAAAAGUGCCAGCAGCAAAGUGAUUGUUCAUAGAAGGGAUAAAGCCUGGAUAGAAGCACAUAAUAUGGGAUCCUUCCUGAGUGUUACCAAAGGCUCUGAUGAACCACCCGUCUUCCUGGAGGUUCACUAUAAUGGUAGCAGUGAUGCCAAUGAGCUUCCACUGGUGUUUGUUGGGAAAGGAAUUACUUUUGACAGUGGCGGUAUCUCCAUUAAGCCAUCAGCCAAUAUGGAUGCCAUGAGGGCAGACAUGGGAGGAGCAGCCACGAUCUGCUCUGCUAUUGUGACAGCUGCAGAAUUAAAGCUACCCCUUAAUAUUAUUGGUUUGACACCCCUUUGUGAAAACUUGCCCAGUGGGAAGGCAAGCAAACCUGGAGAUGUUGUGAAGGCCAUGAAUGGAAAGACUAUUCAGGUGGAUAACACUGAUGCAGAGGGAAGGUUGGUGCUGGCUGAUGCACUUUGUUAUGCACACACUUUUAAUCCAAGGGCCAUUCUAGAUGCUGCAACACUGACAGGUGCCAUGGAUAUCGCCCUGGGAUCUGCAGCUACUGGGGUUUUCACCAAUUCAAACCUGCUUUGGGAUCAACUGUACAAGGCCAGUAUUCAGACAGGGGAUCGUGUUUGGAGGAUGCCCCUCUUUGAACAUUACACCAGACAAGUUACAGACUCUCAGCUUGCAGACCUCAACAACAUUGGUAAAUACAGGUCUGGUGGCGCAUGCACGGCCGCAGCAUUCCUGCGAGAAUUUGUGACUGUUCCUCACUGGGCUCAUUUAGAUAUUGCUGGUGUGAUGGCAAAUAAAGAUGAGGUUCCAUACCUUCGUAAAGGCAUGGCAGGACGGCCCACACGAACUCUGGUAGAGUUCGUUACUCAACUGAGCCAAGACAAGCAAAGUAUCUAGAAAGAAGUUCUGCAAUUGUGUAACUUUUAGCCUUAAAAAAAAAUCGGUUUGCUAUGAUUUCAAAGCUGCAGGAGUAAUGAACUGGUGACCAGUGAGCAUACUAAUAAAAUUUUUAAAAAUCCA